AUGCCUUUAAUUGAAGAACUACCAGUCACCACCACAGCCCGUGCCUCACAUGGCUGGAGUUACGUUCCUGACAAUGUUGCCCCUGUUCCUGCCCUCCAGCUGGGUUCCCGCAAACGUGGUCGUGAAGGAACGGUAGCACAUGCAGCUGCACACAAACUUUCGGCAAAGCAAGAAAAGGCCAUCCAACAGCGACUGAAUGACUUGAAUAAGGAAAACUAUCGCGAUGCCCACAUACCAAUACCGAAACGAGAGGGUGCAAAGGGAAAAGAGAGGAAGACCACACAAAAUGUAAGGCGGAUUCUCGCCUACAAUAGGACGUUCCAGCAUUAUCUUGCAGACGAGGAAGCAGGGGUGAAUGUUUAUGGAAGUGCUGCCAACGUACCUGCUGCCACGAUUGCUAGAGGUCAAGCGAGACAAGAACCGACGCAGAAGACAGCAGCAGACUCUAGGAAGCGGAGUGCUGCUGCGAACGAUACUCCAUCAACCAGUGCUCAGAAAGGAUCUUCGCGCCGUCGGAACUCGUCUAAAAAUGCCAAAACCACGCCUGUGAAGAAUGCAGGGGGGGAGAGAGGCAGCACGAUUGAUGUCGAGAUGCCCGACGCGCCUCGACCUACGAAACCCUCAGAGCAGACCUCCCCAACAACAACUGUCAAAUCCACCCCUUCCACUGGAGAGAGACCGCAACCGUCCUCAUCACCUUCAGCUAGUCAAGGACACCUUCCAUCCUAUGACCCAGCUCUCGACCGCGAUCCGCUCCUCCGUACGCUUAAUCUUCCCAAGAUGCCAUCAGAACGCGUCAUGCAAGCUCUCCUAUCCGAGCCUUCGCUGAGUUACGUUGCCGCGCGGGCCAAACCACUGGAUCAAAACAUGGCGGGUGAUGGAGGUUUCGCCCUGCGCACUGGUAACAACUCACUUAUGGCCAAGCCCCAGCGCUGCGGCAUACUCAUCGCCGGAAGUGAAUCUGUGCCCUGUGUCUCCAAAUACCGGAUUGUCGAUGCUCUAGCUGCUGUUGACACUCUGAGAGACGAGCCGUCACUGCAUAACAAGAUCGAUGACGAUCUUCCUCCCUUCCGUGCCGUGGUGUGUGAACGUCCGUCGCUCGAUCCAGUCCCCAAUCGACUUCCGAGAGCGAUGAGCAGCUCCGCCAACAAAGCUCGAGCGAGUGUCAAAGCGCACGGCCGCCCGUGA